AUGGAGCGAAAUUAUAUUGGUAAUGGUUUUCCUGCGUUCAUUAAGGUUUAUAGCCCUGAAACGUGCUAUCUGAAGCUGAAAAUUCCGUCGCGCUUUCUUGAAAAUUUCAACGGGGAUAUUCCAGUGAUCUAUCUACUUGAAGUUGAAGGUUCAGCGAGGAGAUCUUGGAGGGUUGUUAUAGAAAGGAUUGAAGAGGACUUCUAUUUCAAGGGUGGUUGGCCAAAAUUUGUGCAGGAUAAUAACUUGGACAAUGAAGAUUUUCUUAAUUUUUUUUAUGCUGGAAAUUCUACUUUUUUUGUAAAAGUAUAUGGAAAGAAUGGCUACUUGAAGCAGGAAUUAAAUGCUAUCCAAUUGCAUCCAUUGGAUGAAGUGAAUCCUCAUGAGAUACAAGUGGCAUCUCCCUUAGCUGAUGAACAACUUGAUGAAUCAGAAAAUUCUCUAGUCUCAGUCACGUUAUUUGAAAUCGUUAUGAAGAAAUCUAAUUUUUCGAAGAUGUUGUUGAAUUUACCCUCUACAUUUGGCAAAAAAUAUAUGAAGAGGGGGCAAGUAUUUGAGAAAAUGGCUACUCUUCAGACUGAUGGCAAAAGUUGGCCAGUUGUUGCUCGUAGUUCUGAUAGACUCAAAUUUCGAAAAGGGUGGCGCCAGUUUCUACAAGACAAUGAUUUGCAUGUAGGAGAUGUUUUGCGUUUUAAGCUGAUUGAUGAGGAGAAUUUUAUACUCAAAGUUCUCAUUAGGCGCAUUACCUUCGAUUGUUAA